GGUACGUAUAGGAGGUAUCAUCCGCAAAUGAAGUGUCGUGAUGGAAAAGCCUUUUUUUCGUUAAUCCGGUAGAAGAAAAAACAUUGUAAAAACGAACGAAAAAUAAUAAACUACCUCCGAUUUUGGCUAUGGAGAACUCAAACUCGGAAGGCGUCGUCCUACCGGACAUUUCCGAAGCCGAACAGCUUGCGACCGAGCACGAUGGCGGCGAUAAUGGCGAUUCUGUUGUGGAAACGAAGAAUGCGAGGGUGUCCGCCGUGUCCGUUCGGCAUGCAGGAGUUCCCGUGUCUCUUCCCGUUGGUUCCCUCAUCACUAGCACCUUCAAUGUCAUCACUCAAGACCAAAUUCCACACUUCAAACCAAUGCUAUGUGUGGAUAACAAUGGCUAUUUGGCGACAGACGGCUCAGGCGGGGAGCUGAAAACUAUAGUUAUCCAACAAGAAGACGUUUCCGGAGGCACAGCUGUGAGUAACCCUGUCACGGUAACUACUCCAACGGUCGUUGGGUCCUGGAGCGACGCAGCUAAUGCAGCCGUUUUACCCGUUAGGUGCAAAAAUACAUCCGCAGAAUUACACAAAUCCAGAUUCGGCUCUGGAGGUAGGGGGCGUUGCAUAAAACUAGGAAAUUCCUGGUACACUCCCAGUGAAUUCGAAGCUCUUUGUGGAAGAGCCUCAAGCAAGGACUGGAAAAGAAGUAUUAGGUUUGGUGGAAGAAGUUUGCAGACUCUAAUAGACGAAGGGAUAAUCUUGCCUCAUGCGACAAGUUGCACGUGUGCAGCUUGUUGUGACGAUGAGACGGCUACAGGUCCAGUCCGCCUAUUUACCCCUUACAAGAGAAAACGUAAGAGAGAAAGCGAUUCCAUUAAACGUGAAGACAGCGAUCAACAAUCCAAAGAAGAGGCCUGGCAGAACCUCGCCGAAGGCUUGGAUUCUACGGAUUACCAGCUAAUGGAACCCGUGGGGAACGUGGAUCCUUCCACGCAGGUGAAACGACUGGAAGAUAUGGCCAUUCAGAUAAGUAGGCUCGCCACGGACUUUCGAAGGGGGAUCGAGGAACUGAAAGAAACCCUCAGCAGGCAAGAAGAGAAGUUCCAGAGGGAGAAAGAGGCGGCUGUUCUGGCGGCCCGGGUGGAGGCGCAGGUCGCGGCUUUGCAGCCAGAUGGCAAUAACGAUUCUACGUUACAACCCGCGCUCGAUAGUGAUAAUCAGAAAAAAUGUGCAAACUGCAAUCGCGAGGCCGUCGCAGAGUGUUCCUUAUGUCGGAGGACACCCUAUUGCACGACGUUCUGUCAGCGCAAAGACUGGGCUUCCCACCAGGUGGAGUGUGUGAGGGGCGUAGCGACAGACGCCGGUCCCCAGCAGUCCAUCAUGCUCAUUGUAGAGAGCACCGAACAACAGUGAGAACACGUUUUUUACAAAUCACUUCUGUGGUACCAAAAAUUUAUAAUGUAUAUAAUAUAUUUUAUAAGAUUUGUUAUUAUGACACUUAAAUAUCGAUUGUAUGACACGAAUCGUAAGACCCAUGAUAAGGCGACAUUUUUAGGUGCGAGGGUAAAAAUUUGUAUAUAGGAGUUUUUAUAAUGACGUUUAAAGUGAUUAUGAUAAAAAAAAAUUAUAAAUUACCAUUUUAUGCUAGUUCGAGUAGUUUUUGGAACAAAGGGAACGAGAAUGAAACUGAAUUUGAAAUUAUUUGCAUUAAUUAAAUAAUUAUUUUCCUUGAAUGGUUUCUUCUAGUCAUUGAAAUUAAUGAAAAAGGUUGUACAACAAUAUUUUCCAAAUUACGAAAUAUUUGCCGGGUUCGUCGAAGCUAUUUUAUUUAAAAAUAUUGCUUUGUCAGUCUUAUGAUUCCCAUAUUUGCUAAAUCACCCAAUUAAUUUUUAUUAUGUAUUAAAAUAUACUGUUUGUAAAUUGAUAAAAGUUUUGUCGUUAUCACGAUUAUAUGAUUUAUGUCUA